GAAGACAAGAACUUCAGUUCAAUGGUAGUGCCAAUAAUAGCUAAUGGCUUCAUCUCGUUUGUUACAGCUACACAACUACACUACCCAUGGUAGCUCAGCUGCUUCUUUGCCGCGCAGGGCUGCGAGGGUCGCUCUUUCGUCGCUAAUACUACAAACUUCGCUUUCUCUUCAUCCUCCGUCCUCGCUUCGUUAUCAUUCACACUGUUACUGUAGCGGCAGAGAUGUUCCUGUUGCUGAAGUAGCAGAAAAGCACUAUAAUAAGGAGCAUUUCAAUAGCCCCGAACUGGUGGCAUUGGAGUAUGCAGAUCUUAAUCUUUCGUACAAGUUGGACUUGGGUCAUGUGAGAAUCAGGCAACAUGUCAAUCCCCUUAGUUCCUCUUUCUCUGUACCUACACAAGCUCCAGACUGGAACCAAGUGUUCAGGGACCCAACAUUACCACUCAUGGUUGACAUCGGAUGUGGUAGUGGUAGGCUUCUUUUAUGGCUUGCUAAACGAAAUCCUGGAGUAAGAAAUUAUUUGGGGUUGGAAAUAAGGCAAAAGUUGGUCAAGCGUGCUGAGGUAUGGGUAAAAGAUUUGGCUCUUAAAAACAUUCAUUUCUUGUUUGCAAAUGCCACAAUUUCCUUCAAGCAUUUGGUUACAUCAUAUCCUGGGCCACUGAUGUUUGUUUCGAUUUUGUGCCCAGACCCACAUUUCAAGAAGAGACAUCAUAAAAGAAGAGUUUUGCAGAAGCCUUUGGUUGGUGCUAUUGUAGAGACGAUGAUGCCAGGGGGACAGGUAUAUAUGUCUGGGGUUGUGUCUCACCAGGUUCUUAUACAAUCUGAUGUUCUUGAAGUGGCAAUUGACAUGAGAAAUCAGUUUGAUGUAGUUGAAGCACUUCAACACAUUGAUGCUGUGAACCCAAGCGUGUUGUGUGACAGUGAAGGAUGGUUGUUAAGCAACCCCAUGGGAAUAAGGACUGAGAGAGAGAUUCAUGCAGAAUUGGAAGGUGCAAGAAUUUUCAGAAGGAUUUACCAAAAGCAUUAAAAGAAGAGAUGCUUGGAGUCUUUUAGGUUAUUAGAAAAGAAUGAAAUGGAUUGAAAAAAUAAAUAAAAGUAAAUGAUUCUUAUUAGGGAUUCUUAUUGUGCCAAGUAUGAUUAGGGUUAAAAGGUAUUUUUGUUCUUAACUUUUUGUGUAAGAACCUAUGGUAUCUUAAUUUUUUUUUUGGUGGUGUAAUGUUAUUUAAAAACAGUGUAAUUUUGAUCUUACCGUUAAA